CAAAUUUAAAAUUAUGAGUUAUUUGUUUUUUAACAUAUGACAUAUAUUUAUUUAUAUGUAAUACCAAAAAUUCAAUGAGCAAGUGCUGCCCUUCUUCAUGCAUGACCUUGUAACACACUGCAAUCUCAAAUCAUAUUUUGUUUACGUUUUUUGUUUUGUUUUUCUGACAUGGCGUCAGAGAAGGCGGCGCCGGAGCUGUUGGCGCUGCAACCACGACAAAAUCCACAGUCCGAUGUGGAUAAUACCGAUAUACAGAGGCGUCACAGCAAAGAGUUGAGCUACAAUGAAUUCUACUGGCGCUACAUGCACGCCAACUGGCCGGUGAUUAUAACAGAUGUGUCGAACUCGUGGGAGUGCCGCAAUUGGGCGCAAGCCGCAGAGACAGAUAAGGACAAUGAUAAUGAGAACGCCAAUACCCGCAUCCAAAGCCCCAUCAAUUUUGACUACCUCAAGAGCCGCAUUGACGAUCUCGCUGUGCCUGUGGCCGACUGCAAUGCAACAUAUUUCAAUAGCCAUGCCAAGCUGGAGCUGAAGUUCCACGACUUCUUGGAGCGCUGGCAGCGCAGCAUGGAAGUGGAUAAUUCAAACUUACAGACAACGGAGCCCAACUGUAAUCUUGCCAAGGAUAAUCUCUACCUCAAGGACUGGCAUCUGGCUGCACAGCUGCCGGCAUACGAAUUCUACAAAGUUCCCAAGUAUUUCGCCUCCGACUGGCUGAAUGAGCAGCUAAUUGAGCAGAAGCGCGACGAUUAUCGCUUCGUGUACAUGGGACCCAAGGAUUCCUGGACUUCCUUUCACUCGGAUGUUUUCGGGUCCUACAGCUGGUCCACAAACAUUGUGGGCCAUAAGAAGUGGCUCAUACUGCCGCCUGGCGAGGAACUGAAGCUGGCCGAUCGUCUAGCAAAUCUACCAUUUAGCAUAGAUGAGUCGCUGCUGGAGCAGCACAAGGUGCGUUACUUUUCGAUCAAUCAAACUGCCAACGAGGCUGUCUUUGUGCCCAGCGGCUGGUAUCACCAGGUCUGGAAUAUGACGGACACCAUCUCCGUCAACCACAACUGGUUCAAUGCGUGCAACGUGCCGCUGGUGUGGCGUAAUCUGCUUAGCAACUUGCAGGCUGUGCGCCGAGAGAUCGCCGACUGCCAGCAGAUGGACAACUUUGAGGCCCAUUGCCAGACCAUGUUGCGGGCCAGCUUUGGCAUUAACUACCUCGAUUUUAUAGAGCUUUUGGAAUUCAUCGCCAAACGCCGUUCAACAACGACCAACAACAGCCAAUUACUUUUCAAUAGCUACCAAAUGAACGCCUAUCACGUGCAGUACGAUCUCGAGUGUGUGCGCCAGCUGCUCAAGGACAUGCGGCAGGAGCCCAGCGUGCAGCAGUGCCCGGCUCAGCUGCAGGAGCGCUGCGAAAGGCUGUGGCAGCAGCUACAGCAGUAACAGAAAUACAUCGAGCAAAGGCCUUGGCAUAUUUUUUUAUACCAAAGUUGUAUUCAUAUACAAUAGUCAAUAGUAUUUUAUUAUAUUAUAUUU